AUGCAUCUGGGCAUUCUUUCGGAGUUAACUCAACUGGACCUUCGCGAGCUCUCAGCAAUAGCAAGUGCAACGCAACCUCAAGAGACAGGCUUAUCUGAGACCAAGAAAAGAAAUACCAUCAUACAUCAAGAGAUGAUGUCAAACUUCAUCGAAACUUCGAGUGGAAAACUCUUCAAGGACCUCAAAGCAAAAGAUCAUGUUAGAAAACUUCAAAGGGACUAA